CGUUUCUUUGACAUCUUGUUGAAGAUUAACAGAAGAUAUAUUAUUUUUAAUUCAUAAUUAUAUAUUUUUGGGUGGGUGAACUGCCCAGCGGUGUCAAUCAAGUAAAAAUAAAUGUCGGUGAAGGAAAUGCCCGGCCACAAUGAAGGAUCGUCAACCCACCCAGUCUUCAAAUUGUAGGGAUCUGGCAAGGUUUUACUGUUUUCCUGGUAUCUCAGCUUACUCACGUAUAUUUGAGGGCCUCAGGUGAUAAGGAUUGAGCAUAAUCGGACAAUUUCACGGAAGGAUAGUUCGCAUUGUUAUCAUCAGCCAUUGUUCCUCUGGUUCCUCUUGCAAACCAGCGCGGUAAUCACGUGACUUCGUGACGUCACUGUUUGUAAACACUGGCGUCUCCCAUAUUGUUGCGCCUGCUCUCCUUCUCUUUCGUCUUCCCUGGGUUGUUCUCCUUGCUGGAUCUUGUGUGAGCCUUCACAAAGGUCCAGUCAGGGUAUCCACAAGUCGGGGCACUGAAAACAGCAAGAGUGCGAGGACCCGUCCAAUGCUGAUAGUGAGAUAGUGUUUGGUUUUUUUCCCCCUCAUCCUCUCCACUCUCCAUUCAAGUAUCCUGGCUCUCAGGAGGCGUUGUUCUUUGGAGAAAGUAGCAUUUUAAUUUAUUUUUAAAAUUUUCCUAACAUUGUCACAUGUGCCAUUAAAUUGCAGAAGCAAACAUUUCUCCUGAGUUUAAAAACUGAUCCAGUCCACCAGGUGCUGCUAAUGUACAGAUGUGUAACUCACAGAAAGAAAAAAAGAAAAGAGAUCAAAUGUGGACAAAAGCUAUGUCAAACUGACAGGGAGCUGGGUGAACCAUGGCAAAGUAACAAUUUAGAGCUCUAGUGCUUUUAUUGUGUUUAAUGUUGUUCACAUCAACGCUUUUAGCUUUAUGAGUGGCAAAUGAACAAAGCGAUAAUCACACAAUUUCCAUAGAACAAUGUCCAAGUCAAAAUCUUGCACAAGUGCACCAGUCAAAGUUCAAUUUCUGUAAUAAAUGGUCCAUGGAGAUGUGAGACACACCCUGAGGAUACUUCAAUAUAGCGUUUCGAGUCAUUUCAUUGUGUCUAAACAUUUCUCACUGCUUUUAAGUGGAUCUUGAUUUGCUGCUAGUGCAACGGUAAGGUGUUCACAAAAUGCCUCAAGGUUUAGCAGAAGUUCUGGAGGAGUGGAAAUGUCUGGAAGAGGAGUAUCAGCAACUUCAGGUAGGAAAUGGGCUAUAACCAGCUGCCGGGGUCAAAUUACUCACACAAAGCAAUUCCUGCUCACAUAUUUUAUGCUUUUUUUAUUAUGUUAUUCUAAAAUUUUACUAUCUAUCAAUUAAACAUCUUGUAAAGCUGAAAUAUCUCAGUAAUGAUUGUUCUUGUGACAGAUAUUUUGGUUCUGCUCCAGAUUAUAAUAUGCCACCUUACAAUAAACGUUAUAAAAAAAGUUGAAAAUGAUCUUUGUAAGUUGCACACUGACUGUCAGUGUAACUCUGUGUUCUUGUUGCCAUCCAGGAGACUCACAGAAUAUACUUGCAGAAACUGGAUGAAAUAUCCAAACUACAAAAGAACUGCUCCUCUUCCAUCUCAAGACAGCGGAAAAGACUGAAUGAACUGUCUCACCUUGUGAAAAAAUGCAAUAAAGGACCAUCAGAAGAAGAUGUUAAGAAACUGGAAGAAAUAAAAGAGAAAACCAAGACACGACCAAAUGCAUUCUCUGAAAUGGAAGCUUUCCUUCCCAAGAAAAAUGGGUUAUAUCUCAGUCUGGUUCUUGGAAAUGUGAAUGUCACUCUUUUCAACAAGCAGGCAAAAUUUGCCUACAAAGAUGAAUAUGAGAAGUUCAAGCUGUACCUCACUGUCGCCCUGAUGCUGUGCUCCUUCAUCUGCUAUUUCUUUGUGAGCUACAGGUUUUUAGAUGCAAUCCUCAAUUUCCUGCUGGUGUUUUACUAUUGUACAUUAACUAUCCGGGAAAGUAUCCUCAUCACCAACGGCUCCAGAAUCAAAGGAUGGUGGGUUUUCCAUCACUACAUAUCGGCUUUUUUGUCUGGUGUAAUGCUAACAUGGCCAGAUGGGAACCUGUACAAGCUGUUCAGGAACCAGUUCCUUGCCUACUCCGUCUAUCAAAGCUUUGUUCAGUGUCUGCAGUGCUACUAUCAGAGUGGAUGUCUGUACAGACUACGAGCUCUGGGUGAAAGACACAACAUGGAUCUGACCGUGGAGGGAUUUCAGUCAUGGAUGUGGAAAGGGCUGACGUUUCUUUUGCCCUUCCUCUUUUUUGGACAUUUCUGGCAGCUCUUCAAUGGCCUGUCUCUGUUCAGAAUGGCUCAGCUCCCAGACUGCAAAGAAUGGCAGGUCAUGAUGUGUGGUGCCUGCUUCCUUAUUCUGUUCUUGGGAAACUUUUUCACCACUGUUGCAGUCGUUCAGCAGAAACUUAAGACCAGGAAUCAGAAACGAAAGAGCCUGUGACACGUUUAAUAAUCAUUAAAUGUCAUGCCUUUUUAAAAGUGCCUCAUAUGCUCCUCUCUGAAUGAAAGCUCCUUUCACCAUCAGCUUCAGUUGUAUUUACUAUAAUAAUCAAUGUAUAAGUCUUUAAAUAAAUAAAGCAUAUAUCGAUAAAUAUUUUAAAAUGUGUAAUGAAAUACUAUUCAGAGUUAAAAUGUGAUCUACAUUACCUUCUUUACUCCAUCUUUUUAAGUUUUUAUAAUCAAGAAAACCACUCUAAUAAGAAAAUGCAAACAAUGCACCAAUAAAUCGAUCCUUAUAUAAAGUUUCAAA